CAUUUCUACAUUUCCAAAACUAUUCAUUGCUUCACAGACCACCAUAGAUCCUGACUGAAGACUGAUCCUGAUUCUUCGCUCCCUCCAGAUUUCAGGCUGUAUCAAUGGAGUCUCUCUCAGUGUCAAUCAACAGCUUCACUCUGGACCUUUACAAAAAGCUGAAUGAAACUUCCAGAGGCCAAAACAUUUUCUUUUCUCCUUGGAGUAUUGCAACUGCUCUUGCCAUGGUCUACCUGGGUGCAAAAGGUGACACUGCAACCCAGAUGGCUGAGGUUCUUCAUUUUAACCAGACUGCAAGAGAAGGAAGUUCAUCUGGGAAAACAAGGCCUUCUCUGGGGAGUCCAAAGAGAAGAAAAAUGGAUCCUGAGCGCAAGCAAGCUGAAAACGUCCACUCUGGCUUCAAAGAGCUCCUGUCUGCCAUCAACAAACCCAGAAGUACCUACUUGCUGAAGAGUGCCAACCGACUGUAUGAGGAAAAGACCUACUCAUUACUGCCUAAAUUCUUACAGCUCGUUACAAGCUACUACAAUGCAAAGCCACAAGCUGUAAACUUUAAGACAGCUGCAGAGCAAGCCAGAGCACAAAUCAAUAUUUGGGUUGAAAAUGAAACUGAGAGGAAAAUACAGGGUCUGCUGCCUGCAGGAUCUCUCAAUUCUCGCACUGUGUUGGUCUUAGUAAAUGCCAUUUAUUUCAGAGGAAAUUGGGAAAAGAAAUUUCUGGAGAAAAAUACUUCUGAGACACCCUUCAGACUGAGCAAGACCAAGACUAACCCGGUACAGAUGAUGUUUCUGAGAGAUACGUUUUUGAUACUCCAUGAAACAACCAUGAAAUUCAAAAUCAUUGAGCUGCCAUAUGUGGAAAAUGAACUUAGCAUGUUCAUCCUCCUACCAGAUGACAUCAAUGACAACACUACUGGUCUGGAACUGCUGGAAAGCGAGCUGACCUAUGAGAAAUUGGCGGAAUGGACCAAAUCAGCCAAUAUGGUGAAAGCUGAAGUGGAUCUGUACCUGCCCAAGUUGAAGGUGGAAGAGAAUUAUGACCUUAAAUCCACGUUGAGCAGCAUGGGGAUACGAAAUGCUUUUGAACCAGUUCAGGCUGAUUUUACGGGGAUGUCUGUGAAGAAAGAUCUUUUCAUCUCAAAAGUUAUUCACAAAGCUUUUGUAGAGGUCAAUGAAGAAGGUACUGAGGCAGCAGCUGCCACAGGUGUCCUGGUGCUGAGAUCAAAAGCACCAACACUGACUUUUAAAGCUGACCACCCUUUUCUCUUCUUCAUCAGACACAACAAAUCACAAACCAUUCUCUUCUUUGGCAGACUCUGCUCACCCUAUGCAGUCAUUGUGUAUCAUGUACAAAAAUGCUCUGAUGAGAAGGGCAAUAAAAUGGAACUGAAAUGGACUUUGAUACUACAACAGGAAAUUACAGUAAUCAUCAUGCUGACCAAAACCAUGGAUAGCCUCCGUGCAGCAAAUACCACUUUUGCACUCGACCUCUUAAGAAAGCUGUGUGAGAACAGAAGCGGGCAGAAUCUGUUCUUCUCUCCAUUUAGUAUUUCUUCUGCAUUGUCUAUGGUUUUGCUGGGUUCAAAAGGUAACACUGAAGCCCAAAUAGUAAAGGUGCUUUCUCUGAAAAAAGCUGAGGAUGCUCACAAUGGGUAUCAAUCAUUUCUCUCUGAAAUUAACAAUCCAAACACCAAAUAUAUACUGAGAACUGCUAACAGACUUUAUGGAGAAAAGACGUUUGAGUUUCUCUCAUCAUUUGUAGAGUUGAGUCAGAAAUCCUACCAUGCUGGACUAGAGCAGACUGACUUCAUGCGUGCUUGGGAGGAUUCCAGAAAACAAAUAAAUGGCUGGGUAGAGGAAAGGACUGAAGGUAAAAUUCAGAACCUGUUGGCAGAGGGCAUUCUUGAUUCACUGACCAGACUUGUUUUGGUGAAUGCCAUCUAUUUCAAAGGCAACUGGGCAAAGCAGUUUGACAAAGAGAGGACAGCAGAAGUGCCCUUUCACAUUAACAAGGAAGAGACCAGACCUGUGCAGAUGAUGUGCAGGAAGGAUAAGUUUAACAUAGCCUAUAUUUGCGACUUGCAGACCAAAGUCCUUGAGCUCCCUUAUGUUGGUAAUGAACUCAGCAUGAUUAUCCUACUCCCUGAUGCAACUCAGGAUGGAUCCACUGGCUUGGAAAGUCUGGAAAGAGAACUUACAUAUGAGAAGCUGAUAGAUUGGCUUAAUCCAGAAGCGAUGGAAUCUACAGAGGUGAAGGUGUAUUUACCCAGAUUUAAACUGGAAGAAAAUUAUUAUCUGAAACCCCUCCUGAGCAGCAUGGGAAUGCCCGAUGCGUUUGACUUGGGGAAGGCAGACUUCUCGGGGAUUUCAGCUGGCAACGAGCUGGUGCUUUCUGAAGUGGUUCACAAGUCCUUUGUGGAAGUCAAUGAAGAAGGCACUGAAGCAGCAGCUGCCACGGCAGGAGUGAUGAUGAUGCGCUGCGCGAUGAUCGUUGAAGAAUUCAUUGCGGAUCAUCCCUUCCUCUUCUUCAUCCGGCACAACAAAACUUCCACCAUUUUGUUCUGUGGGAGAUUUUGUUCUCCCUAAAAAGGAGAUGUCUUGGCUGCCAUUGCACAGUAACUUUCUGUUUCUUUGGAAUAGGGCUACUCUUUUUGCCCUAAUUGUCUCUUUCAGCUGUGCCUCAAUCCCAUUCUGUGGUUUUCAUCUCAGGCUUGAUAGAAUAACAGCUACUUGGAUACACAGAGCCACUGCCAUCUAAAUCAACUCUUAGCCUGUGCGCCUGAGUGCAGAGAUGUCUUAACUUCUUGCUGCCACAAGAAACAUCCCACUGGCUGAGCCAGUGCUUCAUCUCUCCUUGCAGUUCUCAUUUCGGCUUUACUUUCUGUGGCCCCCUGGCAGAGAGUUGUGCAGUGACCUCCCACUGGAAAAGACGGUGUUAAUUUGGUUCUGACAAGGCUGGAGUGUGUCUUCAGCUCCCCUCCCCCUUUUUCCUCCCAUCCCAUCUUUUUUUUUUUCUUUUCCUUCCAGACUCAUCCAUUUAAUCUCUUGAUACAUUCUCUAGAGAUGAAAGGAGCCUUUGGCAGCCUGUUCCAAGUGUUGCUAAGCAUCCUGAUGAGACAGGGUUUUUGGUAAUAACUGGACAAGCACUUAGGCAAGAAUGGGAAUAAAAAUAUGGCUUUGCACCAAGUGUCCUUGUAGUGUAAUCACGGAGUGAGAAUUGUUUUAUCAGCACAGGACACCUGAGUUUAUUACCUAUCACAUGGUUCUAGUCCUUUAAAGAAGAACGUAAUGAAAAAGCAUAUGGUGCCUAUGCAAUAUUUAAAUAACAAAUACUUUCUGCUAUUAUUAUAAAUUUUUCCUGUUCAUUGUUUCUUAAACAUUUUAAUGCAACUGUAUAAUACCAAAGAUACAGCUGACAUAGCCUUCCUAGUACAGUGAUUAAUUUGUUUUGCUGUUUCUAUUCCUAAAAUAAUAAAAGAAGUUGAAGUGCUGCAAGACUUU